AUGACCCACCUGGUAGACCCCAGUGGUGGACCAGCUGCGUCAGGUGUGUCUGUGCGCAUGCUUGUGUUUCCGGUCCCAGCUGGUGGUCAGGGUUGUGAUUGGCCGAAUGAAGGCAAACAAGCUCAAAACAGUGCUGUAUCAAUCUACCUUUCAGACUCUGUCGUCUUCCCUCUGAUAUAUAUAUAUAUAUAUAUAUAUAUAUAUAUAUAUUAUGACAGUGGGCGCUCACCAAUCAGGUUACGGAAUAUGCUCGUUCCGUUGUGCCUUGGGCUCACACUAGAACCCCCGCAGGCAGUCGCCCAGCGACUAGUAGUAGACGUAGAUGAGAUGGUGCCGACAAAGACAAGGGAGACCGAAAUGGCUAUUUCUGGCUUAUUGGCCGUCAUCAGCCAGCCAUACCCAACCCCAAGUGUGGGUCACUUGAGAUUCGAACCAGGGAUCUUUGGUCAUGGAGUUUGUCACUCUACCAUUGAUCCACGGGCCCGUUGUCCUCUCGGUUUUGAUCGGGAAUAUCAAUUAUGAUAGUGGGCGCUCACCGAUCAGGUUACGGAACAUGCUCUUAAGUGAUCCACACUUUGGGUUGGGUAUGGCCGGCUGAUGACGGCUAAUAAGCCGGAAAUUGCCAUUUCGGUCCCCCUUGUCUUUGUCGGCCCCAUCUCAUAUAUGUAUAUACUCAUCUCAUGACAGCAGCGCGCACCAACCAGUCCUGUUUUUAAGACGAAAACAAAUUUCAGACUCGACCUGAAACUCCUUGUCUAAAGCUCAUACGCAGGGCGACCAGUAAUAAAUGAGCGGCAGAUUUUACCAACCGGGAUUAGGGGAACCGAUAUGACCGUUUACACUUAUAAGGUAUCAUCAGCCGAUAAUAGUCCAACAAUAGGAGGUGGCUUAUCCGGCAGUUGCACCAGCGGUCUGCUGGACAUUUAACAUCUGAAUUUCAACGCGGAAUCUACUUGAACUAUAGGACUUAGGCUAACAUUUGUCGGUUAAUAUCAUGCACAUGUAGUCACACGAAAGUGACGUUCACAUGUAUAUCCCCAUUGCAGGACUGAGGUGGGCUUUUCCGAUCCCGUUCAUGGGUAGUGACAGUUUAAGCCUGAUGUGUCCCCGUCAAGGGGAAUCUCAGUAGCUUGAAUGGACGGAAGUAACGGAUAUGCAUGCUGUCUUGUUUUCAAGUGUCAGACGAGCCAAUAUAAAUAUUUUGACCGAUCAGUCUCAACUUUCAGGGUAUUUUGUUCGCAGAAGGACUGCGAUUUCAUGGCAUAGUGAUUUUAGUUGACGAUCGCUCUGACUUGGUUUCAACGGAGCUACUGGUCUCAAACGUUGCUACGAUGCAAAAGAGUGGACUAAGAGCAACAGAAAUCCCUAGGAAAAGCAUAGGAGGACCAGUGCUUUCUGCAAAAGGAACCCUGAGUCAUCUGUGUGAGGGCCAUAGAAUAAGGGUACUAUAAGUCUAGUGGCAAACCAACUCACUUACUCUGGUGCCCUUGAGAAGGUUAUAAGCUGCCCUAAAUUUAAAUACUGUAGGCCUGUGGAAAAAAUUGUUGUCUCCCCUAACAUGGGGAGGCACGCUUGAAAAUGUAUACUGUAGCAAUCUGGAAGAUUUGUUUUGGCGGGCACUGUCUCAUGCUAAGUCCAUAUUAGAAGCUUUCCUAAUCGUAUUAUUUCGCCUCCUAUCGGCAUGAAGACGUUGGGUAGGUUGCGUGAUCGUAUGGCAGGCCAACUGCAGAGUCUGGCGUCAGGCCGAUGAAUGAGCCGAUACGCGUAUCCAUCUGCUACUCGCUGUGCACAAAAAACCAAUAAUCCAGUUGUAGACCCUUCCCGGCGGAGAUGAAUUGACAGUCCAUUGAGGUGUAUGUAGUAUUUACCUUGACAUAGGAGUUUGUGACAGUUUACAACGCCAAAUGGAGGGGCUGCUGCCCCCAGCAAUCGCAUUCCCAUCCCUCCAUUAUGCAUUUAUGACUGCCUGAUGAUGGCUAAUUGGUCGAUAACAUCCAUUCCAGUCUUCCUUAUCUUUGUCAGCAUUGUUCCUGCAUUAAUACUUGCCACCAUCUGACUGUGGGCGAGAGCUCUAGACUGGGCCGCAAGGGCAACAGGACCAGCGUGUUUCUCAACCUGAUCGGUUAUCACUCUUUCAGUGGUUAUAUAUAAUAUAUAAGUGGUAAUUAACUUUAAAGCUCUUACGGGUCAUUCGGAAAUAGGAAGUUCGCACAGCCAGAAAACCUUCGCUCGGGAGCGGACUCGAUCUGCCGACCCCUCGGAUUCAGAGCGUAUUCUCUUCCACCUGAGCUACCAGGGCUAGUAAGUUGAAGAAAAACCCGUGUAGCUCUGGUGUUUUUCGGCUACAGCCUCGGUAACAGUCCAUAUACUAUCUUCUUUAAGAAAGGUAUUGUCUCCGAUGAGCAGGAAAACAAAAUCUCCCGGUCGGAGUUUCCGAGUGACAAGGACAGGCGUAAGUACCAGUCACACAAACAGCGAAUACUGAAAGUAAGAGCUGGAGCUUGCAUCUUUUGAGAAAGCGCUCAUCACCUGAACGAGACCUGGCAUCCCUCUCGAAAAUGGAAAGGGUUGGGACUAUUUACGGACCACAAAAUAAGUCUCAGGCGUGCCGGUUUUGCUAUAAUGUCAGUUAUCCCAUUUCACUGUCUUUGCAACAAGUUGUUCCUGGUGGUGGAGGGCGGUAGGAGAUGGUGAUAGCGGCGGCGGCGGAGGUAAUGAUGGUGAUUAUGAUGAUGAUGAUGAUGAUGAUGAUGAUGAUGAUGAUGAUGAUGAUGAUGAUGAUGAUGAUGAUGAUGAUGAUGAUGAUGAUGAUGAUGAUGAUGAUGAUGAUGAUGAUGAUGAUGAUGAUGAUGAUGAUGAUGAUGAUGAUGAUGAUGAUGAUGACUAUGCGUAA